CUCCACAUUGUUGCAGUGACAUACAUAGAUUAUCCUAGUGCGCAUGCGUUCAACCUGUCCAAAAACCAUUCCUCUUCCUCAGGACUGCUUGUACUGGAGUCCAGUCGGACUAGUUUUUCUUUCUCGAAUUGUUUUUGUUCUUAAAGCGGAUUUCGAGAGUCUUUUAUGAGUAAUCAAAGGCAGCAGAAGCCUACGCUAACAGGCCAGCGUUUCAAAACUCGCAAAAGAGAUGAAAAGGAGAGGUUUGACCCCUCCCAGUUUCAGGAAAUCAUCGUGCAAGGUCUGAACCAAAGUGGCACUGAUUUGGAAGCUGUCGCGAAGUUCCUUGACGCCUCUGGCGCCAAGCUUGACUAUCGUCGCUAUGCUGAGGUCCUGUUCGACAUCCUGGUGGCUGGCGGAAUGCUGGCCCCAGGAGGGACUUUGUCCGAUGACGUGAUCUGCACGGAGUUCUGUCUCUUCAAAGCACAAGAGGACAUGGAGACCAUGCAGGCAUAUGCACAGGUCUUUAACAAGCUAAUCAGGCGUUACAAAUACUUGGAAAAGGGAUUUGAGGAGGAAAUCAAAAAGCUGCUGCUGUUUCUCAAGGGCUUCACAGAGUCUGAGCGCAACAAGCUGGCCAUGCUAACGGGAAUUCUGCUGGCCCACAUCAAUGUGUCUGCGUCCAUUCUCAGCAGCCUCUUCAAUGAGAACCUGGUCAAAGAAGGUGUUUCGGCAUGCUUCGCUGUAAAACUCUUCAAAUCCUGGCUUUCUGAAAAGGACAUCGCCUCAGUGACUGCCAGUCUUCGAAAGGUUGGCAUGGACAACCGGCUUAUGGAACUGUUUCCCGCCAACAAGCGCAGUUGUGAGCACUUCUCGAAGUACUUCACAGAUGCUGGGCUCAAGGAGCUUUCGGACUUCGCCAGAAACCAGCAGUCCAUAGGUGCUCGCAAGGAGCUGCAGAAAGAGCUUCAGGAUCAGAUGUCACGCGGAGACCCCCUCAAAGAUAUCAUCGCCUACAUCCGAGAGGAUAUCAAAAAGAACAACAUCUUGGAGCAGACGAUGAUUGGACUAAUUUGGUCCAGCAUAAUGAGCUCCGUGGAGUGGAACAAGAAGGAGGAGCUAGUCACUGAACAAGCCAUCAAACACUUAAAGCAAUACAGCCCGCUGUUGAAAGCUUUCACUUCCCAGGGCCUCUCUGAACUCACUCUCCUGCUGAAGAUCCAGGAGUACUGUUAUGACAACAUCCACUUCAUGAAAACCUUCCAGAAAAUUGUUGUACUGCUCUAUAAAGCGGAUGUCUUAAGUGAGGAGGCAAUUCUGAAGUGGUACAACGAAGCCCAUUUAGCCAAAGGAAAGAGUGUUUUCCUUGAACAGAUGAAGACGUUUGUCGAAUGGCUCAAGAACGCGGAGGAAGAGUCUGAGUCUGAGGAAGAGGAGGCAGACUAAGGACCUCUGUCUAAAACAACCAUUGUAAUCUGUGUUUUUAAAUCAGCAUCAGAUACUGUACAAGGAUUUGUUACAAAAGUCUGUCUAUAUUCCUUUUCUAUUCUCUACCUCCUCAUACCUAGUCCAACCGUAAUGUAAGGGCUUUAAUAUAUUUUCUUUCAACAUGCUUACUGUCUGAAUCAAUACAUGUACUCCUCUUUAUACUCAUUCAGGAGCCAACGACAGUGCCACAUUUAGCUAUAUAGAUUGAAACCACUUUCAUGCAACAAAGCAGAGCAUUUUUGGAAGGACAGUUCCCUUUAAAACGAACCAGCCUAAAAGAGUAUUUCACAGCUAAUGUAUUUAGUCGUGGAACUCUCAUGUGCUGGAGGUCCAUCUGUGUAGCCACGAUACGCUGGUUCUCCUAAAGACAAACUGUUUUUCUAACCAUCUUUGCCAAUGAUGUGACGACUUGGAAUUCAUCGCCAGUCUAGAUUCUGUCUCCAUCAUUGGUGAUGGAGCUGUGCCAUUUCUCACAGCAGUGGUUAUGGCGGCAAAGCUGCCUCAAAAAGUGAAUUUCCAAGUUUUCCAUCCGUUUUCUGUAACGGAACCGUGCUAGCUUUGUAGGGUUUUCCCCCCUUUACCACUUUAAAUAAAAGGCAAGUAAUGGUUUUCA